AUGUCAUCCAUCCCUCAGCCCGUCGCCCACCCCGCCACGCUCUCGCGCUUCCCCAUGCGUGUCCCCCGGUGGCGGGAACUGGUCCCCAUCAUACCCACUGCCUGGCCUGGUCGGGAUGACGGGUUCCACGGAUGGCUGCUUGAUCUUUGCAAAGACAUCGCCGGCCAGGAUGGGAGGGCGUACGACAAGUGGAUAGACAUCGAGUACAAGGAAAUUGAUUCUCUCGAAUUGCCUCCCGAAGAAGUCAACAUAGCGCGGAGCCUAGCCAAGAAAAGAUUGAUGACCACCGGGCAUUUUUAG